CAAUAACAACAGCAAACACUUUGUCCAGCUGCAGCAGCUGCAGUGAAAUUUGUGAAAAUCGUGAAAAUUGAGACAACAGACAAUGCUGCUGAUGCCAACGUCGUGUGGCCCCGGUCCGCCAGCGGUCGCAUACGCCGUUGACCCAAGCUUAGCGAACGGGCACACACGCAAUCAACAACGUAAGCUGGUAACGACCCAAGCCAGCCCAGCCAGCCCGAUAACAGCAACGGGCAUUCCCAAAUGGCUUCUAAUGCUCCUACUGCUCUUUGCCAUUGUGGCCCAAACGCCGCAGAGCCAAGUGGCCGCCGAGAAGAGCAAACACUAUUAUAUGCAAUCGCUGUGCAAGAAUCACUUUCUGCAGCAGCUCUAUCGCAAAAUUGAUGGCGCCGUCCUCUGGUCCCAGAAUGAGCGCAACUUGGACUGCGUCAUCACGUUCCAAACCCACUCGAUUCUGCAGCGCUUCAUGCUGCGCUUCGACAUGCUCCAGCUGGACUGCAAUGAUCACCUGCUUGUCUACGAUGGAGCACACGCUGUAUCGACGCCAAAGAUUGACAUCUCCUGUCGGAACACAAAGAACACUGUGAACGCGAUAUUGACGCGCACGAACUUCGUAACGCUGAAGUACGUGACCGAUGGCUGGGGAACGGAUGCGAACGGUUUCAAGUUGGUGAUAACAUCGGUGAAGGAUCCCAAGCAUACGUGCAAGGACUUCACGUGCGCCACACGCGAAUUCUGCAUAAAUCCGGAUCUGUUGUGCGAUGGCGUCAACCACUGCGGCGACAACUCAGACGAGUCCGUGCAGAACCUCUGCCAGAAUGAGACGACGAGCACCGUCUUUGGCGUGGACAUGACCUGGUUCGUGCUGAUUGUGGUCGGAGUGCUGCUGGUUCUCAGCGCGCUCAUCGUGGCCAUCGCGAUCUGCGUGUGCCGGCGCCAGGACGAGAAUGCCGCCAACCAGAACACCGCCCUGCAAUUGCAUCACAAUGCCGAGACGAAUGGAUCGUCGAAGCAUUUGCACUACCAUGGCGUAGGCAUGGGCAUGGGCAUUGGCGGCACCCUGACGAGGGAGCACACCCAGCUGCCACCGGCGUCGGGAAACUGGCAUCACCCUGCGGGACCAUACGGGUACCACCGCAUUCCACACAGCUACUUGAAGAUGGCCACCAAAGUCCGUCCCAUUUGGUGCUUGGCAAAUUCCGUCAAUUAGGUCAAGAUCUUUCGCAAAACUCAACCGGACUCAGCCAGACGAACAUCGCCGUUGCUGGCAAUCAUCCGAAUGCCAAUGCCGCUGUCGGCGCCGCUCAAAAGGACGAGUGGUUCGUCUAGGACAAUCCGAACUGAGGAGCUGUGAAAGUGAAAGACGCGAAAACAAAACCAACAAAACAUAAUUGACUUGAGCACAAUAAUCUGCACUUAAUUAAGUGAUUUCAUGGAUAUUUGCAGAGCAUUAAAUGAAGACUGUUUGACUAUACUUAACAACAA